GCACUGUAAACAUGGCGGUGUUCAGCAAUCUCACUGGAGUAAAGACCUCCUCCAGUUCUGUCGUUAUUGAAAGAGAUAAUACCUCACAUCUCAAAAUAGAACCAUUUAAUGUCAGAUCCCUCACUACCAAGGCAGUCAUAGUCAAUGAACUAAUCACUGAUCAUAAACCUGAUGUGAUUGGCCUGACUGAAACAUGGCUCAAGAAUGAUGAAUUUACAGCGCAGUCAUGGCAGAUAAAUCCUCACAUUUUUGGUGACUUCACUAUUAACACUGAGAACACCACAGACCCAUUAAAAAAAAUAUUGCCUAUAUCUAAUCUCCCAUUCCACAAUACGUGGCUGUGCAUUGCACCUCAAAAAAUUGGAUACGAUCCGUCAACCCAAUCCCAAGGAAGAUGAAAAUGAAGAAGACAUUUGUCAUCAUUAACUUCCAAGAAAAGAUUAACCACAACCAGCUAAAACGGUUAUACCUUUUAUACAUGUAAAUAGAUUGGCUUGUGUAACAUCUGACGUAUCGGUCCACAGUCAGUGAAGAGAAAAGUAAACACAGAAUGAAUAUAUGUCGUGUACGCGUACUACACGCGUACGUGGCAUGUUUUUUUGUUUGUUGCACGGACGGUGACGUAAGCGUUACCCGGAAGUGCUACAUUUCAUCCGCAAUGGAGAUACUGGCUUGUUGGCAAAACAUUUCAAGCUAGCUAUAGAUAUAUAUAUAUAUAUAUAUAUAAAUAAUAAGAAUAAAAGCUUACUGCAGGUUGCUAGUUUUGAUGAAAUGGUUAUAACAAAUAGCAACGUUGGAGAGUGUACGAUGUGGGUCAACACGCUAUGAAUUACAACUUGCCUGCUGUAGGCAAUAAGACUCAUGCGAGAAGAUUGUCCGCUAGGCUAACCCUGCUAGCCGAGGGUGUUUACAUAUCUACAAAGUAAGGAUCAGACUAGUUAGGUAGUUCUCUAGAUGUACAUGUUUGCAUGACAAAACCGCGUUCAAGAUAGAUCAAUAACUCGGAGCCUUUCCACGUCCUCUGAAAGUCACUAGAAAUGAUGUAGACUUACAUGUCUGUUUAGACCUCGGUACAGAAAGCUCUAGCUAGAAUUGCGACGUCCGGGAGUUAUAUUUGUCUAGCGAGCUAGAGCCUCAACACGAACCACAAGUUGUGUCUAGCAAGCAAGCUGAAGAGCAACAACACCAUUUUUGUUAUCAAAUCUGUAACUAUGUCUAUGGACGACUUCACUUCGAUCAGCCUGCUUUCCCUGGCCAUGUUGGUGGGGUGUUAUGUGGCUGGAACCAUUCCUCUGGCUGUCAACUUCUCAGAGGAGAAGCUGAAGCUGGUGACGGUCCUGGGAGCAGGGCUGCUGUGUGGUACUGCCCUGGCUGUCAUCAUCCCCGAGGGGGUCCAUGCCCUGUACGAGGAGGUCCUGGAGGGUGUGCACCACGCCCCUGGCCAGGUGGAGGGGGUGGAGGUGUCCCAGCCCAAGGAAGGUGUGGAUGCAGCUCUGGGGGUCAGUGGGGAGCACAGCCACGAUCACCUCCAUGCCUACAUCGGGGUUUCUCUGGUCCUGGGGUUCGUCUUCAUGCUGCUGGUCGACCAGAUCGGAAGCGCCCACGUAUACAGCAGUGCUGACGAUCCAGAGUCUGCGAGGGUUGCCAGCUCAAAGAUCACCACCACCUUGGGACUAGUGGUCCAUGCAGCGGCGGAUGGCGUGGCUCUCGGCGCAGCAGCUUCCACCUCUCAGACCAGUGUACAGCUCAUUGUCUUUGUGGCCAUCAUGCUUCACAAGGCCCCAGCAGCCUUUGGCCUGGUCUCUUUCCUAAUGCAUGCUGGUCUAGAGAGGAACCGAAUCCGUAAACACCUGCUGGUCUUCGCCCUGGCAGCACCUGUCCUCGCCAUGGUUACCUUCGUAGGACUCAGCCAGUCCAGUAAAGAGGCACUGUCAGAUGUGAAUGCCACGGGCGUGGCCAUGUUGUUCUCUGCCGGGACCUUCCUGUACGUUGCCACGGUACAUGUCCUUCCCGAGGUGGGCGGGACCGGACACAGCCACUCCCCCACACCGGGGAAGGAAACAGCGAAGGGACUGAGCAAGGUGGAGGUUGGGGCUCUGGUUCUGGGCUGUCUGAUACCUCUGGUGCUGUCUGUCGGACACCAGCACUAGAGACACACACACAGAGGAGGAGAAGAGAGAACGGGUAGGAAGGAGGAGGGUCUAGAGGGAAAGCAGCCAAACAGAUCUCUCUCUUGUGUCUUAUGUAUCUGUUCUUUGACUGCUGAUUGGUUGGAGUGGGACAACGACUGGCGGCCGGAUCAAAACCAUUUAAAACCCACGCUGGAAGACACAGGGAUGACGAUGUCAUUAAUAACAACUUUUUCUACGAGAAGUGUUGUCUGUUGACAAGAGACUUGUACUUGUUUAAAUGUUUAAAUAAAUAUAUAUAUAUGAUUUUGAGCUCUAGGUAGACUGUACAGAUAAGCAAGAGAGUUUGGAUCGUGGUCGUGUCCUGUUUCAGACGAACUGUCGACUGACUCCUGAACUCUUAUAAAUAAACUUAAAAACCUAAAUAUUGUUGACAUCUUGCAGUAAAAGUAAAGUUGUUUUUUAAAUCAGUGAUAAAAAUAAAAAAAAUAGCUGGUUUUCAGACUUUGAAUAACUUUACUCUACUGUAAGAUGAAAUGUGAUAGUUAUUUAUGUUCUUGCUAGUGGGAAUCGAGUAUUUAGAAGUUUUACAUGUAAUUAGUUAAAUUUCUAUGACUUUUGAUCGUACCUAAUGGUUACUUAUAUAUAUAUCUGCUCUACUAUGAGACGUCUGAGAGAAAUGUGUCUAUGAGACUGAUUUCCACAGACCCUAACCUUUUGUUAACUGAAAUGCCUGUCUACCUUCAGCCACAUAAAGGAGCGCUUGCCACACGA